AGUACACGAGUCAUAUGUUAUGAAGUAAGUAAAUGCGAUAUAAGAAUAGAAACAGUACGCUGCAUAGAAGCUCCUUCAGUUCUUGUCUAAUCAGGCAUGCACACUGUCGCCAUUCAUUGAUCGGUGUUUCAUUUUGUACUUUACUUCCUACUUGUCCACAAGAGGACCAUCGGUAUGACUUCAUGCAAGAGCUUCUCGCAAGUGCCCCGUCUUGGAACACUUCUUAUAAAUACAUAUAUACGUUAAUUGUUAAAUCUUAUUUCAAGGAAAUAUUCGAAGAUGAUUCGUCUCAGGUUCUUUACUCUGAGAAAUUGUCAAAAAAUGUAUUUUCAGAAUUAUAAGUUCAUAAGAGAGUAUAAGUCUGGCGCAAAGCUCAC